CGGUCCAGGCCAAGCAACAGGGGAAUGCGGUGAGGUAGAUCGUCGUGGUAUUCCUUCCUCAUCACUCAUUCCAUAUCUUCUCACCCUUCUCCUUCUCAGCAUACGCCCAUAAAGGUACCCUGGUAUCCUUCCCUGCCACCCCUUGCAGUCUACAGCUCGAGUAGCUCUGCUCCGGCUAGGAGCCACAAGUCUUGCCCCACCAGCUCCCUCUGCUACUGGCUCGGCCCUCAAACAAUCUCUGGGGUAGCCCAGCGCAGAGCUUCAGAGGGUCUCCUCGUAGCUCACAAUGCCCUCCUCCACCACUCAAAUCCAAUUUGAUGAGUCGUCCCUGGCUGCGCCCUCAUUAGACAGGCGCCAACGUACCAUGAGCGGCAGUACCAGCGCUGCAAAGGCCGGUCCCUCUGCCCCACCUCCGCUCGGGGGAGGGGAUCAAAUGGCCAAGCAGAACAGUCGAUCGAGCGUACGCAGCGAUAAUAUGGUCAACAGUGGUGAUGUAGCAUCGACCAGCGCUGUAACCACAUGGCAGCCGUCAAAGAAGAAGGACAAGAGGACAGUCGUCACAACUCCAGCAUGGGCUCAACCGGAACCGUCCGGCCCACCUCGUACGCCUACGUCGGCAGGAUCCUCGUCCGCAUCGACCCGGGAUCCCGCUCUCAAUCUCUACCGAUCCCGCUCACCCACACCCGCCGUCGGUUGGCAAUCGCCUCGACCUGCGAAGGGAUCGAAGUCUGCGACUCAGAAGGAAGAGGAAGCUGCGAUAUCGGCGGGUACUAGCGGUGUCGCACCGGACCAGGCUCACUCUCGCUUCUGGACCUUUACUCUACCUCCAAAGUACCGGAGUCGCUUGCAGGAACAUCCCUUCAAGCGGACCAAGAGCGAAGUCGAUCGCCAUCCUGGGGGCGGCGGCGGUGCCGAUGCAGCAUAUAGGGAUGGAGAACAGGCUCACAGUCCCCGGCGCGAUAGCAGCUCCGACAGCUCUUCCGAGGACAGCGAUGGCGAGCCCCGGUCACCGCCUGCGGUGCACGAGACUCGCAGCCAUAACAGAGGGGAAGAGAAGCUUCAGCGUCGGAUAGAACGGCUAAAGCGACGGAGCACUGAAGGCAUGGGUCGCGUUGAUGCGAGUGCUGGAGCAGCCGCUGGUCUAGGAGGACAAGAUUCUCUAGUCAGCUGGAGGAAGCGUCAACAAGCUGGUGCAGGAGCAUCGCGGUCACCUGCUCCGGAGACGUCUCCAGACAAUUCGUCCAACGGUAACGUGGAUACUUCUAGCCGCAGAUAUGGGGCUGACAUGCCCGACGUUGAAGCUGCUGCGGGGAACGAAGGACCAUCCGAGCGCAGAGAGUACGAACAGGGAGAUGAAGGACCUGUCGAGAGUGAUCACCAGAUGCAGCUAACGAUGCCACCCAAGGCCGAGCGCUCCUUUACCCGUCGCCAGGAUCUGCUACCGGGCUGGGACAGUCCUUGGAGACCCGAGGAGAUGCAUGGUCUGGGAGCCAUCGAUAUCGGCGGAUACACCUUUACGGGUGGAGAUGACUUCUACCCUCGGACAACUUCGCGCGUCGAUAGGAGCAAGAAGAAGUACAGCAGCACAAGCAUGAUGAUGGCCCGUCGCAAAGGUAGAAAAGGCCGCUCCACGGACGCCAAUGGUCCUUCUGCGGGACACUCUGGCCGAUCUUCUGCCGCCUCGGCCAAGGAGAAGGGUUCAGGCCCACGCGAGACGUGGCUUCGAGACAAGUGGGAGCAAUGGCAGGACUUCCUCAUGAGGAAUCCUUUUGUCCCCCUGCUCUUCCGAGCCAUCAACUUUUCCUUCACCACUGCAACUCUAGCAGUGGCGAUUCGCCUCUACAUGAUCCUCCAUAGCGAAGGUGCGGCCGACUCGGUCGGCGCAAGUCCAGUGGUGGCAAUCAUCUUUGCUCCUCUGAGCUUGAUUCACGUGGCGAGUCAAGUCUGGCUGGAGUACUUUUCCCGCCCUAUUGGACUUUGGGCAGUGAAGAGCAAGCUGAGUUACCAGCUUAUAGAGCUCGUCUUCAUCUCCCUCUGGUCCGCCGAACUAGCCCUCACCUUUGACAAUUACGCCACCUCUUCCCUCAAUUGUGUCGGGUGGUACUCUUCCUCCUCUUCCUGCUCCAUAUCCAAUGGUUCACCCUUGAAGACGCCCUCCCUCAAACCAACCAUUUGCAGCUACCAAGCGGCUUUUAUUGGACUGACCUUCACGACACUCGUGGCUUACACGUCUGUGUUCGCUGUUAGUCUGUUUAGGACGGUGGUGAGGUGAAAGGGUUUGGGGAAUCGGUAGUGACCGUCUAGUGACGCGUCAUUCAUUCAAUCAUUCUAGAGGUCUUCUUUGGCCUAUCACUUGCGUCUUUCUAACAUUUGGCUUCACACACACUCAUACUUUGUCACAUUGAUACCUGCAUAAUACCAUUGUUGUUUGUACCCUU